UCGUAUUAUUAGAAUACAAAAUGUCUGAUGAAACUGAUGAUGAACUCUUUGAGAUAACAGAUUUUACUAAUGCCUCCCCGUGGGAAAGUUUUGUCUCCACCAUUGAAGACAUAUUGCAACAGUGGGGCCUCACUGCAUCCACUUAUUCAGCAGAUUCUGGUUAUUGGCCACAGCAUAGGAAGUCAGAGAAGCUCUCUUAUGUUGGACAUAAUUUCAUUGUUAGCCUCCACGUGUCUGGUGAGAAGAAGCGACCGAUACCGAAACAAUGAGAUGAGGAUUGGCCUGAUGCUAUGGUACAUAUGAUGGAUUCAUCAAGUGAUUUCCCUCCAAGAGCUCAUCAUCAUAUCUCUAGAUGGUAAUAAUUAUCGUAUAGUCGUAUACAUGUACAUGUACCAGUACUUGUAAUUAUUAUUUCUAAUAAUUUCAGGAUGGUGACAUUUGGUGUAAAACUCUUAUAUUAUUUUCUAAUAAUAGACCACCCAGAGUGAGAAUUGCUUGCGUGGGAAGACUAUUACGGUUGUAAGGCGUGGUUUACAAU